UCUAAGUUGGAAUGUACCUGAAGUACAGAUAAAAAUCAGUUUGCAUCUACUGAAAAGGGAGGGAAACAUACAAAUUGUUUAUUACAAACAAAAAGAGCUAAAGUAACAGGCUCAGAGAAAUGAAGUUAAAAGGAUUAGAUGUAGUCCCUGAAUAGAAGUGAAAGUCCAACGUAGAUGCACUAAAAUGGCUUCAGAGCGGCCCUGCCCUGCAGAUGACUUCAGUAUCUACUAUGUCCUCGCAGAGUGCACAGAUCACUAUGACAGCUCUCCAGUCAAGGAGGUGGAGGAGAACCAGCCCCAUUCCCAGGGAGUGACAGGCCUGCGGAACUUGGGCAACACGUGUUACAUGAACGCCAUUCUCCAGUGUCUCUGCAGCAUUUCACCGCUGGUGGAAUACUUUCUCUCAGGAAAGUACAUUACUGCUCUUCAAAAGGAUUGCAGUGAGGUUGCCACUGCGUUUGCCUACGUGAUGACAGAUAUGUGGCUUGGAGACUCAGAAUGCGUCUCGCCAGAAAUAUUUCGGUCAGCUUUUGGCAACCUCUACCCAGCAUUCAUGAAAAAAACGCAACAAGAUGCCCAGGAAUUCUUGAUUUAUGUACUGAAUGAGCUUCAUGAGUCUCUGAAAAAGUGCCAUCAAAAAUCAUAUGAAAAAGGAUCUAUUCCAAGGUGCUGCAGGAAGACAAUUGCCAAUGAGGUCUCCAUCAUCACCCAGCUGUUUGAAGGGCAGCUCAACUAUAGCAUCAUGUGUUUGAAGUGUGAGAACUGCACCUACAAGAAUGAAGUCUUCACCAUUCUUUGCCUCCCCAUUCCAUCCGAUUACGAGUGCUCUCUUCAGGACUGUCUCCAGUGUUUUUUUCAACAAGAUACACUGACCUGGCAUAACCAAAUCCACUGUUCGUUCUGUGAAACCAAGCAAGAAACAGCAGUGAGGGCCAGUAUUUCCAAAGCACCAAAAGUAAUUAUCUUUCACUUAAAAAGAACCACUUUGGUGAUCUGGACGGUGGCCACUACACUGCUUUCUGCAAGAACUCAGUGACCCAGGCCUGGUAUAGCUUUGAUGACACACGAGUCAGUGAGAUUCCAGAUACUUCAGUGCAAACUGCUACGGCCUAUCUCCUGUUCUACAGUUGCCAGCCCUUUUCUAUACCUAUAAAAAAAUGCAAGAGCUAGGAAAAUGGUGCAAAACUGCAGAACUGAAAACUGCAAAACAAGCAAUCAGAAACUGGUACUUCAGGUUUGCUUUGUCAUUAAACUCUUGCAAUUUACUUACAUCCAACAUAA